UUCUCUUUGGACUGUGCAGGUGUCCGUCGGGGAAGUUGCUGCUGGGCCACGGCUGCGCGACGAGAAAAAAUCCAUCAAAUUAAAGAUAGAAUUGCUGCAGUGUCUUCCAGUUGUUAGUGCUAAGAAUCUUCCAUCUAUCAAAAUAUUUUAUCCUAUAUUGUUUACAACAGAAAACAAACAUACAAAAAUAUGUCUUAUUUAAUCAAAGGAGUUCAGAAAUGUGGUUUUGCCAAUCAAGUGCACAGAACAGGAGUAUUAAUUAAAAAAUGUAUACUGAAAGGUUCAGACCCUUUCACUGGACGAAUCAUGGGAACAUCCAAGCCAUUUUCUCAAGCUAGUUCAAAACACAUGGACACUUUCAGUUACGUCAUUGUUGGAGCUGGAUCUGCAGGAUGCGUGUUAGCCAACCGACUGACUGAAGAGGCUCACAGCACUGUUAAACUGCUGGAAGCAGGGCCCAAAGAUACUCUUCUAAACAGCAAACGAUUACUGUGGAAGAUUCAUAUGCCUGCUGCAUUAACUUACAACCUGUGUGAUGAGAAGUAUAACUGGUAUUACCAUACAACUCCUCAAAAGCACAUGGAUAAUCGAAUCAUGUACUGGCCCAGGGGUAGAGUAUGGGGGGGCUCUUCAUCCCUCAAUGCCAUGGUGUACAUUCGGGGCCAUGCAGAAGAUUAUAACAGGUGGAGUAAAGAAGGGGCUGUUGGAUGGGGCUAUGAAUUCUGUUUGCCUUACUUUAAAAAAGCCCAAACUCACGAGCUGGGUGCUGACCUGUAUCGCGGUGGAAACGGCCCACUUCACGUGUCAAGGGGAAAAACAAAAAACCCUCUGCAUUAUGCAUUCUUGGAUGCAGCUCAGCAAGCUGGGUAUGCUUUCACAGACGAUAUGAAUGGUUUUCAACAAGAAGGCUUUGGCUGGAUGGAUAUGACCAUAUACAAAGGUCAGAGGUGGAGCACAGCUAGUGCCUACCUUCACCCGGCAUUGUCCCGUCCAAACCUGUCAGCAGAAGAUGGUACACUUGUAACAAAAGUUUUGUUUGAAGGUACCAAAGCCGUGGGUGUUGAAUAUGUUAAAAACGGAGAAAAGAAAAAGGUUUUUGCUAGUAAAGAAGUUAUUUUAAGUGGAGGUGCCAUAAAUUCCCCACAGCUACUUAUGUUGUCUGGAGUUGGAAAUUCAGAUGAUCUCAAAAAAUUAGGAAUCCCUGUUGUCUGCCAUCUUCCAGGAGUUGGACAGAAUCUCCAAGAUCACUUAGAACUGUACGUGCAACAGGAGUGCACUCAGCCUGUCACAUUGUACAACUCACAAAAGCCCCUUCAGAUGAUCAAGAUUGGUCUUGAAUGGCUCUGGAAAUUUACAGGUAGUGGCGCCACUGCUCACCUAGAAACUGGUGGAUUCAUUAGAAGUCAACCAGGAGUUUCCCACCCAGAUAUCCAGUUCCAUUUCCUCCCUUCUCAGGUGAUUGACCAUGGGCGGGUUCCUUCUCAACGUGAAGCGUAUCAGGUGCAUAUUGGGCCCAUGCGAAGCACCAGCAUUGGCUGGCUGAAGCUGAAAAGCACAGACCCCAGAGAGCAUCCCAUCCUCGAGCCCAACUAUUUGUCAGCAGAAAGAGAUAUGUGGGAGUUCCGUCAGUGUGUGAAGCUAGCUAGAGAGAUAUUUGCCCAGGAAGCCUUUGAUAAAUUCCGUGGACCUGAAAUUCAGCCAGGAAGACAUGUUCAGACUGAUGGAGAAAUAGAUGCUUUCGUGAGACAGAAGGCUGAUAGUGCCUACCAUCCUUCGUGCACUUGUAAAAUGGGGCAGAGUUCGGAUCCUAAUGCUGUGGUUGAUCCCCAGACAAGAGUUAUAGGCACAGAAAACCUCAGAGUUGUUGAUGCUUCAGUCAUGCCUAGCAUUGUCAGUGGGAAUUUAAAUGCCCCAACCAUCAUGAUUGCAGAGAAGGCUGCUGAUAUCAUCAAGGGGCUGCCAUCACUUCAAGAGAAAAAUGUCCCUGUGUAUAAACCGAAAACUUUGGAAACACAGCGCUAGGGAGCUGCAAUUUUCUCUCUGGCAUAUAGAAGUCUAGCAGUACAGUCCUAUGUGGAUGCCCAUCACCUUCUCUACUCAGAAGGUCACAGUCAUCCUGUGGAGUGCAGGAGAAGCAGGCAGACCAGGGUUGCCUCCAUGCUCCCCUCACCCUCGAAAGCAUGUUGCCCCUUCUCUUAAGGAAGAGGGGCUGGAUUGGACAGAAGCUGGUGGAGUGCCACCUUGCCCCACCUGCUGGAAUGCCCCCAGCACCUGUCCUAAAGACAGUCUUCUAUUUCUGGGGCCUCCACCAGACUGGCUGAGAGGGUUGAGGGAGGCCCUUCAAUGGCAGAGUUGCCACUGUGACCUUGGAAGAGUUUUCUGAGGUCACAGUGAGCCUCUGUCUUUGCUUAUGGCCAGCUAGACAGUAUCUGCCAGCCGCAGGCCAGGGCCCUGAGCAUCUUGCCUUUACCUUUGCCAUGAGAAUGAGUAUCAAAUGCAACAUCUUUCAGUUUAUCUCUUGAAAUUGCUUUAUAAUCCACUUUCUGUCAAAUAGGAUUCGGUGUGUAAUGGAAGUUGUUCAAAAGGUGUUGGCUGAAUCCUCUAGUAAUAAGAGGGAAAACCUGUUAUCCCAGAAAUGAUCGAGUAACAACAUGGCUGAUUCAGCUAGAUAUUUAUUAGUGUGUAUAGCAGGAUCUUAAGAUGGACUUGACCUCAAAUCUUGAGUAGGCCUUUACAUAGCUGGCAAAACAAAUGCAAACAAGUCAAGGUGUAGUUGAUAUGCUUUGACCUUACAUUACCACAAGUGCAAUUUUGUAUGAGGUUUCUUCAGAUCUACAUCAAGUAUAGUGCAGAAAAUGUAAAUAGUGGUCAUUGGUUCAAUACCAAUAGUAAAGUGCACUCCAGAAAAACAAAAUUCCAUUGAAGUUCAUGGAAUAAGAGAAUUCAUUCUCUCUCAAGCUCUACUGUAGUUUUUAGUCCCAAUUAAAUGUGUUGGAUUUACCAAAUGUGUGGGCAUUGACCAAAAUGGUUUUCUUGCUAUUAGAGAAUAGUCUUUACACUGGCCCAUGCACAAAACAGCUGAUUUUAGGCAAGUGAUCUCAGAUAUUUUUAAUUCUAAAUAUAGCUGAACAUUUUUUGAUGUCAUGAUUCUGCACUUGAAAGUAGCUAAUAUAUCUUUAAAAAUGCACAAAAGUAGCAUACAAACCAAAUGAUUUUAAGUAGAGGAGUGAUUAAUAGGAAUAGCAGGUUACAUGAUGGCCGCCUGAUGUGAAGAAGAUCAACUGGCAGAGGCUGUGGAGGGCAUGGCCAUGACUGACAAGCUGAGGGUUGGUUGAAUCCUGCAAUCAGGCUACUAUUAGCAGGUCCGUUUGUACAUUGCUGUGUGCAACAGGUCGCACAAGGUUUAGUAACUCGGUCAUUUAUGAUGGGAAACUAUGCCCUUAACCUGCUUUGAGAUAAAUUUUACUAGGCAAUAAAGUCAGUUCAGGAGCGUAAUCAGUUAAAGGCAAGGAAGAGACAGCUAGGGAUAAUCACAGACUCUUUCCUGAUAGUGGUUAUCACCAUGCCUGAACAGUAUUUUAGUCAAGCUUGGAAGGAUAGCCUCACUGUUAUUUCAUGCAAAAACUCCCAUUUCCUGUCUGCGAGGAAUGCAAGAGAUUCUCAUUAGCGCCCACGGGGCAUGUUUGCCCUCUGUGUCCACUCCCAUUCCAUCUGUUGCUAAGACUGGAGGGGGCAAAAGUGAGUGCUAGAUUUCCUAUAGGACGGGAAUCUUGGCUGUUGCAGGAAUGGAGUAUUCACAUUGUGGCAAUAAAUCUGAACUGUGCCUUUUCGAGAAUAACCCAAACCUCUGAUGAAGACAACUAGCAUACAACUAGAAUUUUAAUGGUUAUAUCUUGCAAGAAAUGUAUAUGAAAUGAAAUGAAAUUUAAUCUCUGAACCAUAUUUGUUGCUAAUUGUAACAAA